UCACCCACUCCAACAGCUACCCAUGCCACUAUUAAUAAUAGCACUAAUAAAAAAAUGUUCCUCGACUCAAGUCUCUCACGAAUCAAAACUUAAAUAACCUCGGACUCCAUUAUUUCAACUCCUGUCUGAAGCUCGUGAUUAAAAAAAUGUCAGCUUCAGAGGGCGCUGCUUCGAUGAGAACUCUCAGUGAGAUAUCAGAGGGGGAAACUGUUCACUUCACCGUCGAUCUUGUUGCUGCUGCUAGAAGAAAUAUCGCCCUUUUUAGAUCGGUCUCCGAUUCUCCCUGGCAUAAUCACAAACCCACCAUUUUGGAAGCUGUUAGAAGGUACGAUGAGAUAUGGAUGCCAUUAAUUGCUGAUCUCACAACGGGCUCGAAGCCUCCAAUGCUUCUUCCACCUCUUGAUGUUGAAUGGGUUUGGUUCUGCCACACGCUUAAUUGGGCCAACUACAGAGAUUACUGCCACUCAAGAUUCUCAAAACUCAUAGGAAAACCAAAUAUUUUUGAUGAGGAAAAUGAGGAUUAUGCAUUGGAGAGAUGCAGGAAAAUCUGGGAGCACAAGUUCCAUUCGGAGCCCUUCGAAAACGAGGCCGAUGGCGAUGACAAUGUUGAAAAUUACUCCUCUUCUAUCAGUGAGGAUUUGUUGGAUCAAGUGUCAAGAUGUAGUAGUCUUUGUAGGAUGUAUGCCGAGCCCUACCAUAGUGAGAUGGUGUAUUUAGUGGCAGCCAGGCAGAGAUACAGAGGUUUUAUCUACAUGGUUCAUAGGUUUGGUGAUGAAUGUUCUUGCAUUGUGCCCACCUCAGAUGUUUACCUAAUGUGGCUUACUCAUCAGAGCUAUCCAACGGUAUAUGCAGUAGACUUUAAGGAGUUGGAGGGAGAUGUGUGGAAGAUAGUCGGGGUAGGGGACGCUAUGAAAGAAGAAGACAUGGAAGAAACAAAGAUGUUGUGGGAGAAAACUUUUGAUCAGCCAUACGAAAAAGCAGGUGGUGCAGCCAUCACAAGGCCUAUUGUUGAACCCCCUUUUUACUGGGAUGUAACAAAUACUGAUGUCAACACAAAAUACAAGUCUUUGGUGCCGAGGUUCUUGUUCGAGGUGUGCAUAGCAGUAAAACUAAUCUCAAACACCAAGCAAGUGAAAAGAAACCCUUCUCGGGAUUUCCUUCGUCUUCGAACUGCAAAGUGUCACAGGGAGCUGAAAAUGGACAAACCAAUAUCACAUUUCAUGCCAGAAACCUGGCAGAAGGCGUGGCAUCUCUACUGUGAAUUCGGGACCAAAGGACUAAUACUUGAUCUGCGUCACCAUGGAGGCUUCUGUUCUAGAGGCAGCACUCUGCUAGAUAGCAAAUUGUUUUCUUGGAAUGACUUGCUACGUGCACCCUCUCUCGCAUCAGAGAAAGGAAUCGAUGACAGAGCAAGGGUCGUUACUUCAAUAACUCCACCUGUGCAAGCACCUUACUUCCUGAAAUGCGUGCCUGACCGGGUGACAGAUGAUUCAGGUGCGAUGAUAUCGGAUGUAAUUCUGAAGAUGAAUCAGUACCGACCGCAGGAGGGGAGAUGGUUGUCUCGUACUGUUCUGGAUCAUGGAGGUAGAGAGUGUUUUGUUAUUCGAAUGAGAGUCGGAGGGGGGUUUUACCGAAGAGGUGGCGAAGCUCCUAAGGCUGUGAAAUGGGAAGAUCGCAUUAUACAAAUAUUCGAGGGCUCUUGGUCUUAUGUUAUCGGCUCUGGUUCAAUCGGUAGAUCACCUGAGAAAUUGGUUGGUACGGCUACACCAAAAGCUCCGAAAGAAGAGCUCCAAGCUUCAUGGAAACUCUCAUCCGGAAUUGAACUUGUGAUACAAUGGGAUUCAUCAAAAUCUGUCUCAGGAUUGAGAUUUGAUCUGCAAAGCGAGACGUCUUCUGAACCAAUGGUAAAGCUGUUGCAAGGUAGACAUAUGCAAUACGAAGUCAAGAAGUCCGGCCAAGAAACACAAGAAGAAGCGAAGGCAGACACGAAGAAUGAACAAAUGGAACAAGAUGUUCGGUCAGAGGAAGGUGAGUACGUGACCGUGGUUAGGUACUCGGAGGAGAUCCCAUCCGGGAAAGCCACUGCUCUUCUCAACUGGAAACUUCUUGUGGUGGAGGUGCAGCCCGAGGAAGAUGCAGUCCUCGUGCUUCUCUUAGGCAUGGCUAUACUCCGGAGCAUAUCAGAGAUGAAGAGGGAAGAUGUCGGGAGGCUGCUGGUGCGGAGAAGGAUAGGAGAAGCUGAGGUUGGAGAGAGGGAUUGGGGGUCGGUGAUGCUGCAUCCGUCUUCGUGUUCACCGUUGGUUUCGUGUUCGAAACUUCAGCCUUGGUAUUGGAAUGCAAAGGUGAAUAUGGCAUCUCAAGCAAGGGAUCAUCAAGGGGUUGCUCCAGCAUCUUCAAACUAUUCACAGGCAGAAGGUGGAGAUAAUUUGUAUAGGAGUGGAAUAAUUCCUUGAGAUGUUGAAAUAAUUCUCUUGUAGAGAAGCUGAUCUGCCUAAUGAUCAUCAUUAUCAGAUUUAUGUAUGUUUAAGGUACCGAAUAUAUCUAUCUCAAAUGGCCAAACUGAUAGCAGGUCAUUCAUUUUCUAAAUACUUAAUAAAAAUCUUUACAUUUUUAUUCA